AUGGCGACUCCGACUACCGGCGAAGAGAUCAAGAAGAAUGAUCUCCCUCCCUACGAUCUCGAGGAUUUGAAGGCUGUCGACGAGGGCAAGGAGCCCGAUGCCUUUGGCGACGAGGCUAAUGCGGAGGUCAAGUACAAGACGCUCAAGUGGUGGCAAUGUGGAUUGUUCAUGAUCGCAGAGUCCGUCUCCCUGGGUGUUUUGUCCCUGCCCGCGACACUGACCGCGCUGGGCCUGGUGCCCGCCAUCAUCCUCAUCAUCGGACUCGGUAUCCUCGCGCUCUACACCGGCUAUGUCAUCGGCCAAUUCCGCGAACGCCACCCCUCGAUCCACAACUUGGCUGAUGCAGGUGAGAUCCUCAUGGGUCGGUUCGGUCGCGAGCUAUUCGGUCUCGGUCAGAUCUUGUUCUCGAUCUUCAUCAUGGGCAGUCACAUUGUCACGUUCACUGUGAUGAUGAACACGAUUACCGACCACGGUACCUGCUCUAUGGUGUUCAGUGUUGUGGCGUUCGUGAUCUGCCUGGUUUUGUCGCUGCCGCGGACGAUCAAAAACUUGACCUACAUUUCUUGUGCUUCUUUCCUGAGUAUUUUCACUGCAGUCAUGAUCACCAUGAUUGGGGUGGGUGUGCAGUACAAGGGUGGCCAGAACAUCAGUGUCACCACCGAUACGAACUUGUACCACGCGUUCAACGGAGUCACGCAGAUCGUGUUCGCUUACUGCGCCCACGUGGCCUUCUUUGGUCUGAUUGCCGAGAUGGAGGAGCCCAAGGACUUCCCUAAGGCCUUGUGUCUGCUCCAGGGUUUCGAGAUUGCUCUCUACAUUACCGCGGCUAUUGUCAUCUACUACUAUGUCGGUAACGGGGUCGACUCGCCGGCUCUUGGCUCUGCUGGUCCCGUGUUGAAGAAGGUUGCUUAUGGCAUUGCCAUUCCGACGAUUGUCGGAGCCGGUGUCGUGAACGGUCACGUUGGUUUGAAAUAUAUCUACGUGCGCAUCUUCCGUCACUCCGACCGCAUGGGCAAGCGUGACUUUGUCGCUGUUGGCUCCUGGAUUGCCAUUGGCGUCACCUGCUGGGUAAUUGCCUGGAUCAUUGCCGAGGGCAUCCCUUCCUUCAGCAACAUUGUCAGCUUGAUCAGUUCCUUGUUUGCCAGUUGGUUCACAUACGGGCUGUCGGGUGUGUACUGGUUGCACAUGAACUGGGGCCAGUGGUGGUCUUCGCCGCGCAAGAUUGCGUUGACCAUCAUCAAUAUGCUGAUCUUCUGCAUUGGUGCCAUCAUUUGCGGUCUGGGAUUGUAUGUCUCCGGCAAGGCCAUCCACGACGAUUCGUCCAAGUCGAGCUUCUCCUGUGCCAGCAAUGCGAUCUAG